CCUGUGGUGCGUGCCGUGCAUAGCUCAGCAGGGCCUUAAACAACGGGAAAAGGCUCGCCUCCUGCUGCUCGUGUAGUUGCGACCCUGUUCCGGCGAACCUCAUCAUCUUGAACAUAGCAGUCAGCCAAAACUGCUGUACUCGGCGCCUGGUUGGGUGCGCGGUUUCAUCUGUUCCUUGUACUACUGCGCGGGAAUUCGGCACGACCGCAGUCGCGGAGCAGCGCCAAUCACGUCCUGCCAAAGGACAUCAUGGCCUCGCAACACUACCCUCGCCGAAGAAUAACGAUAACCGGCUGCGUGCUGGUAGGGUUGGGGCUUGCGUUGUUGCGGCUACCUCUCGACCAGAAAUCCUACGCGAAAGAGUCGGCCAAGUUUCUUCGCAAAGACCCCAAGGGAAAACGAGACAAGCCGCGGGGGGGGAUGGUCCGGUUAAGCGAGCUGAAGUCGAUACCCGUCAACCACGACGGCAGUGGAGCCACGAAACAGACAAUGAUCCUCAACGGCCAGGUGCCGCACUUGACGGGGUUCACCCGGGCCGUCUUCUCGCCGGGGGACGAGGUCGAGCUCCACUGGCAUACGAGCAUGGAUGAGGUGUUCUACGCGGCGGAGGGGAAGGGCACGAUCGAAGUGGACGGCACGGUUGUACAGCUUACUCCCGGCACGUGCGUGCACGUGGCGGCCGGGCAGAAGCACUCCUUGGUUAACAAAGGCGACGUGGACAUGGUCCUGUUUUACUUCGGCAUCGCGGUGGCGCCCACCACAGAAGAUGGCGGCGGCAGCGGCGGCAGGGGGGGCAAGGGCGGGACCGGCGGCGGGGGCGGGGGGAAUGCCCUGCACGCGAUAGGGGCAUGAUUUUUCUCUCCUGUGUCGAGCAUUGAUGGAUUGUACAAUUUGGUGGGCAAGAUUGCCUUGGGUUGGAGUGUGGGUGGAAAGUGGCGUGAUUGUGUCCGGCGUAGUACUGUAGGUAUUGGAGUUUUACGUUGGCGAGGUCUGUACAGUGAGUUUAUUUUCACGAACCCAAAUGACAAAAUCUGUGAACACAAACAGUGUCCACAUCUAGGCGUUCAGUUUUGCCAUUUUUUUGUGCCUUGCUUUCCAGGCCCGAUGGUUGCUUCUAUCCGUGUUGAGUUGUUUUGUAUGGCAUUCACGAGUAACAUCUGAAUAGGUUUGUUUGUGCCGCUGCACCGGGGUAGCAGCCACCAUUCCCGGGUCAAUCGCCCGUGAGUGGCAG